AUGUUCAAGAUAUUUAAAUCAAAUAAAGAACUAAACUGUGGUAAAUUAUUUGAAAGUCUCUCAGUAUUUUUAUCUUGUCGCAUACAUUCCCACUCGCCAACGAUCACGCUUAACUCGCAUUGGUAUUACCAACAAAAUGAUAUCCCGCUCGGGUCGUGUCCGCUGCUGGCAGAUUCGCAGCUCGCGGUGACAGGGCGAGGCGCGCAGCCCCGCGCGCCGGCGCCGCGCCUGGCGGUGACCCUCCACCACCCACCACUCGCCACCACUCCGCCACCACCACUCCACCACACU